GGGAAUGGGACGGCUGAGGUUGGACUGGCUGGCUGGCUUUUCAUAGCAACGCGUUACAUAGUACCUUGCCUAGGUAGGUAGCUAGCUACCUAAGUACAUGUAUUCUCUCCCAUAUGUACAUGUAUGUCGAACAAUGCGCUUGCGUGCUUGCUUGCCCGUCUACCUACCUGCCUGCCUGUCUACCCACCUAACCAUUGCUUGUGUUCUUUUCGUUCGUUGACGGUUCCUUGCUGUCUUAGUUCCACGUUUCGUUUUGACUACUACUACUUACUACUUACUACUACCCCCUUUUUCAUUGCAUGUCUGGUGGGCGAAAGAGGGGACCAUGGUUGCGUUGCGUUGCGUUGCGUUGCAUUGAUGGAGAGGAGAGGGGGAAGUGGAAGUGGAAGUGUAUGCACGUAGAUUAGGUAGCUACAUAAGUAGGCGGGUGGGUUGAUACUUGCUUGCUUGCUUGCUUACUUGCCUAGGUAUAUACAUGCCUCGUUCGUGGUAUGUACCACUGUGUUGUUGUUGCUUCGCGUGCGUGCCUGCCUGCCUGUAUGCACAUACA